CACAAUGUGCUGCCGCCACUGGGAGGGCGGACGGAUGCAAUGCAGAACACACACCACACCACGCACCAAACACAUCGAGACAGAGCACAAGCUGUGUCCAGACGACAACAACAGAGAACGCAGCAGCCCCUGUAGUAACAGAAAGAAGAGAUCCACCAGAAGAACCCCUCUCACUCCUCUCCUCUCCCUAGGACCGCAGCUCUGAAAUGGGCUGCUCUUCGGGAUGCCAACCCCCGGCCCCGGUGCUUCAACCAGACCUGAACUGUGGCAGCAGCAUACCUUCGGAGUCUCCCCAUAGAGGGGACCUGGUCCAACCCCCAGAGUCUCUCUCCACACUAGAACGACUAGCCCAGGCCACUGGCGGCACGGAGAAGUCUUGGUACCGCUGUGUGUUCCCAUUUGGGGUGAUCUCCCUGGUGAUUGGUGUGGCGGGGACAGGGGUCACCUUCAUGUAUAACACACCAGACCUGCACCAGACCAAGGUGGUGUCCAUGGUGUUGCUGGUGGUUGGGAUGGUCAUGCUGUUGAUGGCGGCAGUCUGCUGGAGGGACCACAGGCUAAAGAGAAGGAAGAAGAAGGAGGGAGGGUUCUUCUGCUCUGAACAGGGCACAUUGUGAGGUUUGGAGGAGGAAGAGAGAUGUAUGGA